AUAGUUUAUUUCGUAAAUGGCGUUGUUAAACCAACAUUUUUAAGUAAUUAACAUUUUGUCAGCAAAAAGCAUCACUGUACGCCGAUAAAGUGACUGCGGCUAUCCUGUGACGUUUCGCUCCGUGUCUUCGGCCAAUCACGACAGCACACGAGCUUGACUGCUGCCACGUUCAAAGAUUUUCCCGUCGCCGUCAUCAACCGCGGAGUCGAGGAGCCGAGCCCAUCAUCAUCAUCGAUUCAGUAGUGAUCUGAGCGUUAAUGUGAGUAGUUGUGUUUCUUUCUCUCAGUGGCGUGGUGCAUUUUGGUUGAUUUUUUCGGUCUGGAAGAAAAUUGGAACUUGGAGAAUUUGGUGUUCUUUCCUUAUUUCUCUGGUGGUGAACCGGAUGUGAGGCGUUUGCCGGGCAGUGUGGGGAGAGAAUAUAAAAGCCAAGAUCCUACUUCCGGCCGAUUGCAGUCGACGGAAAAACGCGCACCGGUGACGACCUACGCGAGGAGCACUGAAUCAGAAAAUUUUCUUCUUUCUCUUCCUCCGGUAACUCCUACACACUCCGAUCGGGAACAUUGCAUACAGCAGUCAGUCAGGACAAAGCAACGGGUAGGCUAAGGGAACAUACACACGGAUUACAAUAUGCGAGUUCUACGGUCGUUAGGUUUGGUGCUGUUCGUGGCCGGAUUGGCUCUGGUAGCCUCCGAUGCCGAAGUGAAAGAGGAGGACGGCGUGCUGGUGCUGACCAAGGAUAACUUCCAGUCGGUGGUCGAAGGAAACGAAUUCGUCCUGGUGGAGUUCU